CUGAAAAGACAAAAAGGAGAGGGAAUUACUCUCCAAUUGCCUAAAAGCAACAACCAAAAAACACCCACAAAGAGUAGAAAUCUUUUAGGCCGGAGAUGGGGUUAAACAAAAAGAUGAUGGUGUUUUGCAUUGUAGUGGCAUCAUGGGCCAUGGCAUCAUCAAUGGGGACAAUGCAGGAUGAUGGGAAGGAAUGUGCUGAUCAGCUGGCACACCUUGCAUCUUGCAUUCCCUUCGUGAGCGGAACUGCAACGAAGCCAACACCGCAGUGUUGCCAAGAUACGCAGAAAGUGAAGGCCACCAAACCCAAGUGCUUGUGCCUUCUCAUCAAAGAGAGCACUGACCCUUCCAUGGGGCUUCCUGUCAAUACCACUUUGGCUCUUCAAAUGCCAUCUGCUUGCAACAUUGACGCCAAGGUGUCUGACUGCCCAACUAUUCUGAACCUGCCACUGGAUUCAACAGAUGCAAAGAUCUUUAAAGGAGCUGCUCAAGGUUCUACCACUCCUUCGACAACAAACUCCCCGCCAACUUCAUCCUCCUCCUCUUCGUCAGCUGGGAUCAGUUCGAGCUCAGAAUCAAAGGCAACCCCAAGCAGCAACAAUGGACCCAAAGUGAUGGUAUUUCUGGGAGGAAAUUGGCUUGUGUUGAUGGCUUCAAUAGCAUGGAUGUUGAUAUGAAGGCUCCAGCUAUUACUAUAAUAAAAUGGCUUAUUUAUGCCGCAACAAAUUAGAGGAUUAUGUAGAGAAGUAACAAUCGACCGUUCGGUUCUGGCUAAGUAUGUUUUCUUUCUAAUUUCAUAAUAAAAAUGUUUUUUAAA